GUCUUCUCAGAGUUUGUCAGCAUGUGUCACAUUUCGACCUGCUAAAGAUACAUGAAUGUACUCCGUACCGAUGCCGAAAUGCAUGUGUGUGCUCGUCCUUGAAUAUACUAAAGUAUCAAUCAGGGAUCGAUACGGAUCCAUCCACUGAACCAAUAUACGCCCACCACCAGGUCACCAGUGAAGUCUCCAUCACUUGUCAGAACACCUUCACAAUGCGUGACCUCGAAACGUCUCCCUUGUUAUCACCCAGUCCGUCUACAGAUGACUCGACCACGGCAAUUGAGCGAAAGAGACGAGAAGCCGCUGUUGAACGCACGAUCGAGAACGAUGUACUCCCCGAGACAGCCACUUCUGGUCGCAAUAUCGGCUGGGCAAGUGCAUAUGUGCUUGUGAUCUCAAGAGUGAUUGGGAGUGGUAUAUUUGCGAUGCCAGGUACAAUUGUUCAGAAUGUCGGCAGUCCUGGUCUGGCCUUGUCCCUAUGGAUUGUAGGAGCGUUGGUAGCAUGGGCAGGCCUAGCCAUUGACAUGGAAUAUGGAUGCAUGCUCCCUCGAUCUGGCGGUAUCAAGGUGUAUCUGGAAUACACGUACCGAAAGCCGAGGUUCCUGACGUCGACACUUGUGGCUGUCCAGGCCGUUCUGCUGGGCUUCACGGCGAGCAAUUGCAUCGUAUUCGCGAAGUACGUCUUGUUUGCAGCCGGGAUCGAGCCUGGGGAUCUGAACACAAAAUUACUUGCAGUUGGCCUUCUGACGUGGAUCACUAUCGUACAUGGAUGCUUCUACAAGACUGGCAUAUGGAUACAAAACAUACUUGGUUGGGUCAAGAUAGUAUUGAUCGUCUUCAUGAUUCUGACGGGCGUCUUUGUGAUCAUCUUUCGACCAGAGACAUCCCAGAACGAAUCAUCGGGCAUCACCACAAUUACUGACUGGAACGAUCUUUGGGCAGGCUCGGUAUGGGACUUUAAUACUUUGUCUACUGCCUGCUUCAAGAUCUUUUACUCGUACGCCGGGCUCAGCAACGUCAAUAAUGUUCUCAACGAGGUCAAGAACCCUGUUCGGACACUGAAGACGGUAGGCCCGAUUGCUCUAUUGACUGCUUGUGUCAUGUAUAUCUUGGUCAACAUCGCCUAUCUCGCCGUGGUACCUCUGGAGGAGGUGAAGCGGAGCAGAGAAUUGAUUGCCGCUUUGUUCUUCGAGCGGGUUUUUGGCGCUGGCUUUGGCAACAAGUUCUUGCCGAUCGGUAUCGCCUUGAGUGCCGCCGGUAAUGUCAUGGUGGUGACUUUCAGUUUGGCCCGUGUCAACCAGGAAGUCGCGCGGCAGGGUUUCUUGCCCUACGCUGAAGUUCUUGCUUCUUCGAAACCGUUCGGUUCGCCACUGGGAGGCCUCAUAGUGCACUACAUACCGUCAAUCCUGGUGAUUGUGCUACCUCCAUCCGCAACGGUAUACUCUUUCAUCGCAGAUAUUGAAGGGUAUGCAGGCCAGUAUUUCGCUUUUGCCGUUGCAGCAGGCCUGAUUCUUUUGCGGUACCGAAAGCCUGACUUGCGGCGGCCGUUCAAAGCAUGGGUACCUGCAGUUUGGCUACGGAUUCUGCUCAGCGUCUCCUUGAUCGUAGCACCACUCUUCCCUCCGAAGGGUGGUAAAUCCGACGUCAAUUUCUUCUAUGCGACAUAUGCGCUUGUGGGCUUGGCUAUGUGAGUUUGAGACUCCGUCCUUCAGGAAGAACACACUGAUGGCUGAUUACUCUACUAGCCUCUUCUUUGGUAUCUCAUAUUGGUUUGUCUGGACUAUUGCAUUACCACGUUGCAGGGGCUACGCACUCGAGGAAAAAGCCGAUAUCCUCGGCGAUGGUACGACAAUCACGAAGCUGACGCGCAAGGAACUAUAACCAGGCGCCUUUGGAUUGAUAGGCACUCAUAGAAAGGCGUGAACACAUGUUGUAGAUGCCGUGUCGUGCCUCAAUUAUUUCGACACAGCACACAGGUUGAAGGGCACGUCAUUUCGUAACCUCCACUAUCAUUGGCGGAUGAACAUGUCUAUAUACCCUCCUCCAUGACUUGCCCCACACAUUGUAUGUAUGGUGCGUGAUGUGGUACAUAUUGCGUGCUGUCUGACAAAUCACGAUGGCUGUGUGGCAUUUUUCACAGGUAUGAGAGUGCGCACCUCCUCACUGUCGUUACCCGAGGACAUCACCGGUCAAGUGUACUGUACCUACGAUAACAACAACGUUCAAACAAUGGCAUCAGCAACAGUCCAGCAGCCUGGCGGGCAUUCUACUUCAUUUGAGCCUCUGACGGCUCAAUUGAAAGGCAUAGUUACCUCUCAGACCGAGAAGCACCACGUUUAUACAUCUUUGAACUAUUAUGAAGACCCUGGUGGAAAGCCCCCCCACCCCCCUCAACCCAUAUCGAUAAGCCUGAGACUUAUGAAAGUCCCUACGAGCAACUGAACGUGACUAUUGUAGAGAGAAACAGAGGGUCUUUUCGGGUAGGCUGUGAUUGGUUGAUAAAUGCGCGUGGGGUGUAUGUGCCUCUUCUUCCAACAGAGGUAGGAGUAGCAAGUAGACAGACAAUAAAUCAAGACGAGUUUUGCG